AUGGCCCCUGUUUAUGCUAUUAACUCGUUUGUGGGAUUGUUGGAUAUUCGCGGUAGUAAACCCUUUUUCAUGCUCUUGGACUCCGUUAAGGAAUGCUAUGAGGCUUUGGUAAUUGCUAAGUUCUUGUCACUGAUGUACAGCUAUUUGAAUAUAUCCACGAACAGAAAUAUUGUCCCGGAUGAAAUCAAAGGAAGGGAGAUUCACCAUUCAUUUCCGAUGACCCUUUUCCUGCCUACCAAGACACAUUUGGAUAUUCAUACAAUCAGAUUUCUAAAGUACUGGACAUGGCAAUUUGUGAUUAUCCGCCCCAUAUGCUCCAUCUUGAUGAUAACAUUACAAAUUCUUGGGAUAUAUCCUAGUUGGGUCAGCUGGAUAUUCACAGUCAUUCUCAACCUAUCAUUUGCUUUGGCUAUGUAUUCCUUAGUCGUCUUCUACCAUGUCUUUGCUAAAGAGCUGAAACCUCAUAAGCCACUGGCAAAGUUUCUCUGCGUUAAAGGGAUUGUUUUCUUCAGCUUUUGGCAGGGAAUGGUGCUUGAUAUCCUCGUUGCAAUGGGCAUCAUUCGAUCCCACCAUUUCUGGUUGGACACCGAGCAUGUUGAGGAAGCUAUUCAAAAUGUCCUAGUGUGCCUCGAAAUGGUUGUCUUUUCCGUUUUCCAGCAGUAUGCAUUCCAGGUUUCACCUUACAGUGGAGAUGUAGAAGCAAGACUGAGACUACAGAAAAAGGAUGAAUGA